GUCGAGCAGCGAAGAGGCCAGAUUUGUGUUCGCUGUGCCUACUAUACCGUGGAGGAGCAAGUGGGAACCUUACACUGCAGAGCUCUCGUCCCGGCCUGGCCCGGCCCGGCCCCGCGCUAUGGAGUUCCUUUGGGCCCCUCUCUUGGGUCUGUGCUGCAGUCUGGCCGCUGCUGACCGUCACAUCGUCUUCUGGAACAGUUCAAAUCCCAAGUUCCGGGAGGAGGACUACACCGUCCACGUGCGGCUAAAUGACUACCUCGACAUUAUCUGCCCGCAUUAUGAGGACGACUCCGUGGCGGAUGCUGCCAUGGAGCGGUAUACACUGUACAUGGUGGAGCAGCCCGAGUAUGCGGCAUGCCAGCCCCAGUCCAAGGACCAGGUCCGUUGGAAGUGCAACCAGCCCAGUGCCAAGCAUGGCCCAGAGAAGCUAUCUGAGAAAUUCCAGCGCUUCACACCUUUUACCUUGGGCAAGGAGUUCAAGGAAGGGCACAGUUACUACUACAUCUCCAAACCUAUCUACCAUCAAGAAAACCAGUGCUUGAAGCUGAGGGUGACUGUCAAUGGCAAAAUCACUCAUAGCCCUCAGGCCCAUGCCAAUUCACAGGAGAAGAGACUUCUAGCAGAUGACCCAGAGGUUCAGGUUCUGCACAGCAUCGGUUACAGUGCUGCCCCCCGCCUCUUCCCACUGGUCUGGGCUGUGCUGCUCCUGCCGCUGCUGCUACUGCAAACUCAGUGAAGGUGAUGCUUCACCUGGCUUCAGGACUGGAACUGGGCCGAGGAGCAGGGAGAAGCACCCCAAAGCUCCAGCCCUGGGAAUCAUUCCCACUACAUGCUCAAGCUGCCACCCCGAAGCCUCAGAAGGCUCAGUAUUAAGGGUUUCAACCCAAAGGAGUUCAACCAGCCUGAUUGUGCCAUUCCUGCCUCCGCUUCAGAGGAAUGGAGAAAGAAGAGGGGAAGGUCCUUUUCCCUGCGAUUUUUACCUUUAAGCCAAAGAAACAAGCUGUGCAGGCCUGGACCAUCUAGAGGGUCCAGUGGGAGAUGAACUGGAAGGGCCUGAGGUCGUGCAGUCGGACACUAAGGAAACGAUGAUGUCCAGAUGAACUGACUGAAGGGAAAGCUUGAGACAGCUUCCUGCGUGGGAGCCAGGUACAGGAGAGGCAGCAUGCUUGGGCUGACCCAGCAUCUCCGCAAGAUUUCCACCUGCUGAGCUGCCAGCGAGGUUUGUAGCCAGGCACCGACUGCAUCCUCCCCGUCCUUCGGGCAGCGUUCCCUGGAGCUGUGCCAACACAAGGACUAUACUGAUUUUAGAGUAUAGCUGUAAGGGCAGUGCCCAUGUGUACAGUCUGUGUAGAAUGUAGCUGAGAGGGCAGGGCCCACGUGUACAGUCUGUGUAGAAAAUGUGCUGCGUCUGCUCAUUUCUACAACUGGAGUUUUUGUUUUGUUUUUUUAUACAGUGUUCUUGGAUUCAUAAUAAAGCAAUGUUUUUGGUUUUUUUGGA